AAGUCAGAGACGCCAGAGAGAGAAGGAAGAAGAUGGGAGAGGAAUGCCCAUUGACCAUGGCUUCCCAUCCAGAGGAAAUAGAACUGAAACACUGGCCAGUGGCUUCCCACCUCAACCCAGGUCCUCUGAAGACGUUACUCCACAAACUUGGUCUGGAAAAACAAUAUCCUAAUAAACUGACUCUUAGAUCUUUGCUUGAGAUCAACAAGGACAGCAUUUCUGAUGACGCUGUUGACUCACUCAAAGCAGUACCACUGUACUUUCUGAGGAAACUAUUGAUUGUCAAUGCAGACUGUAGGAGUUGUACAUGUUUACCUGAGGAUGAAAGUAGCAUAGACCUUUAUAGAGAUGAGAAUCCAGAGAAUAAUGAGGUAAAUCUUCUAGAUCUCAUCACUGCACUUUUUCUCUGUGCUGACAGUUUCCUGCAGCAGGAAAUGGCCCUCAAGAUGUCCAUGUGCCAGUUUGCUGUGCCACUCCUGCUACCCCCAGGCACUGGCAGUCAGAGCACCCUCAUGUUGUGGGCCUUGAGGGCUAUCCUUAAAGAGUGGCGCCCACAUGCUCUAUCAGAGUCAAAAGGGUUUGAGGAAGGUAAUAUUGUCUUUGAGCAAAUACCUUUCAUCUCCUUUGUCAGGCUUAAAGACUGUAGCAUUUCCAAAUCACAGCUCUUGAAUCAUAUCUUUGGCCAACAGAUUCACAACAUUUUCCCUCACAAAGACAUGGAUGGAGGGACAGCUCCAAGGAUGAUCUCAGGUGGCUUGGUAGAGGCUUGCUGGUAUCUUCCAUGUGGAAAAAGUAAUGGUGGUGGAUUUCCGGAACCACUAACCGUUGCUAAUUUGAGAGGAGAUAUUUGUGCUUCACAAGCACAAUUUAGUUUUCUAACCCAAGUGUCAACAGCCAUCUUCAUCUUUCUGGACAGUGUUGAUGAAGAUGAGCGGAAGUUGUUGCUCUCUCUUGGGGACAUGGGAUCCAAGCUGUUCCUCGUGGUCAAUUCCAAAGGAGAGGAGAGCCGUAAUGCUGAAACGUCGGUAAAUGAGAUAAUGGAGGCAUUCAAACUAAAGUCAAACAAUAAAUUGAUACGGAGAACAAAUGCAAACCUUGCAAAAUUUUCACAUUCGAUCAGCAAAGCCAUUAACAAUAUUUUGAAGGAAUCUACUUCAAAAAUAAGCAUAGAAAGCAUGUCAAACAAAGCUAUCGAGCUGGAGAUAUCUGUUGAUGAAUGUAAGACUGAGGCCUCAAAAUCAGCAGCUGAGGAGAUUGUGAAAGGCAUUGGAGACCAGAGCUGUUAUGCAGGACCAUAUCCUUCCCAAUCCACUAAAUACUGGAACCCUCGACCCCGCCGUCUGGAGUCCAUGAUGCGGCGCACCGUGUAG